AUGGAUGAAAGAAAGUAUUCGACCGAGGAAGUUUUUCGAGCCGGUGUCUCCAUUAUUCAUGCUUUGCCAAAAGAAGGUCCAAUAAAAGCCUCAAUUUCGGAAAAGUUGAAGUUUUAUUCUCUAUAUAAACAAGCGACCGAAGGGCAAUGCAAUGUUCCGAAACCCGGUUUCUGGAAUGUCAUUGAGUCAUAUAAAUGGAACGGAUGGAAUAGUUUGGGUGAAAUGAGCAGAGAAGAAGCUAUGGAAAAAUAUACUGCGGGAAUGCUUAGAAAAAUGGAUCAAGUAGCUGAGGUGUACGAUACGGGGAAAUGGAUGCAAGAAGCCACAGAAAAAGCACCAGAAAAACUUGAAGAAAUGAGACACAACUUUGAUGUGAUUGGUAGACCAUUCUCACUCUUUUCCCAGACAAAAGAUGAUGAUGUUCAGUCAAUGGAUGAUGAGGAAAUGGAAAACGAGGAAAUAAAUGAAAGUAAAAAAGAUGAGUCGGAGGAAAUGAUUGAAAUGUGCGAUUCGCCGACAUUGAUGAUGAGUGAUGCUGAAUAUUGUGAUGCCGAAGAAACAAUGGAAUUGGUGGAAGAGGAAAGAAAACGUUCCGAAAAUGGGCAUUUGAAUGGAAAUGGGAAUGACUCUGUCUCAAAUGGAAAUCGUCGUCGUCGACCUCCAUCUCCAAAAAGUAACGAUGCUCUUCGAACAAUCAGAACUGAAAUCGGACAACUAGCCAAUCAAAUCUCUCGUUUGGCUCAACAAAUCGAGACUCGCUACAAGACUUUCAAUGCCCUACUCGAGCAAUUGGCAAAGAAUCAGAUGCGAGAGCGAAAAAGAUCACAAUCAAAAUGGUGGAUUGUUUGGUUAUUUGUCUGGCCGAUCAUCUUUCACUAUAUCAUGAAAUAUCGCCAUGUACUCAAAUUGUUGCCACAACUUUUGUGGUAUCGUCUCACGGGA